CGGCGGCGGCGGCAGCGGCAGCGGCGAUGGCUACAGAAGGAGGGAAAACCUCUGAGCCAGAGAAUAACAAUAAAAAACCCAAAACCUCAGGCUCCCAGGACUCUCAGCCCUCUCCUCUGGCUUUACUGGCAGCUACUUGCAGCAAAAUAGGGACUCCUGGUGAAAAUCAAGCAACUGGACAACAACAAAUCAUUAUAGACCCAAGCCAAGGAUUGGUGCAACUUCAAAAUCAACCACAACAGCUAGAACUGGUAACAACACAACUUGCUGGAAACGCUUGGCAACUUGUUGCCUCCACUCCUCCCGCUUCAAAAGAAAAUAACGUUUCUCAACCAGCUUCUAGUUCAUCUAGUUCAUCUAUUUCUUCCAGCAGUAAUAACGGGAGUGCAUCUCCCACAAAAACUAAAUCAGGUAAUUCUUCCUCCCCUGGUCAGUUUCAAGUCAUACAAGUACAAAAUCCAAGUGGUAGUGUACAGUACCAAGUGAUUCCACAACUUCAAACAGUGGAAGGCCAGCAAAUUCAAAUCAAUCCAACUAGUAGUUCAUCUCUACAGGAUUUGCAAGGUCAAAUUCAGCUCAUUUCUGCAGGUAAUAAUCAAGCUAUACUCACAGCUGCUAACAGGACAGCUUCUGGGAAUAUUCUUGCUCAAAACCUGGCAAAUCAGACAGUUCCAGUCCAAAUUAGACCUGGUGUCUCAAUACCACUGCAAUUACAGACCCUUCCUGGUACUCAGGCUCAAGUUGUAACAACCCUACCAAUUAACAUUGGAGGAGUGACUUUAGCUUUACCAGUGAUAAACAGUGUGGCCACUGGAGGAGGGACUGGACAGGUCGGUCAGUCUGCUCCUACUACUGAUGGCGGGACUUCCAAUGGGAGUCAGUUAGUUCCCACACCCACCACCACUGCUUCUGCCAGUACUAUGCCAGAAUCGCCCUCCUCCACUGCCUGCACCACCACUGCAUCAGCAUCUCUGAGCAGCAGUGACACGUUAGUGAGCUCAGCAGAUACGGGCCAGUAUGCAAGCACAUCAGCCAGUAGUUCUGAACGCACCAUUGAAGAUUCUCAAACACCUGCUGCUACUGAGUCUGAAGCCCAGAGCUCCAGUCAGCUUCAGUCUAAUGGAAUACAGAAUACACAGGAUCAAUCAAAUUCUCUUCAGCAGGUGCAAAUUGUAGGCCAGCCUAUCUUGCAACAGAUCCAAAUCCAACAGCCUCAGCAACAGAUAAUUCAGGCUAUUCCACCACAGUCAUUUCAACUCCAGUCCGGGCAGACGAUUCAGACCAUCCAGCAGCAGCCUUUGCAGAAUGUUCAACUUCAAGCAGUAAAUCCGACUCAGGUGCUUAUCAGGGCUCCAACUUUAACACCUUCAGGGCAAAUCAGCUGGCAAACUGUACAGGUUCAGAAUAUUCAGAGUCUUUCAAAUUUGCAAGUUCAGAAUGCUGGGUUGUCCCAACAAUUAACCAUCACCCCAGUGUCUUCAAGUGGUGGCACAACUCUUGCUCAGAUUGCUCCCGUGGCUGUUGCUGGCGCCCCAAUAACUUUGAAUACUGCCCAGCUUGCAUCAGUGCCUAAUCUUCAGACAGUGAGUGUUGCCAACCUGGGUGCUGCAGGCGUUCAAGUGCAAGGAGUUCCAGUUACAAUCACCAGUGUUGCAGGUCAGCAGCAAGGACAAGAUGGAGUGAAAGUCCAACAAGCUACAAUAGCUCCUGUAACCGUAGCAGUUGGAGGAAUUGCUAAUGCAACUAUAGGUGCUGUUAGUCCUGACCAACUCACACAAGUGCAUUUGCAGCAAGGCCAGCAGGCUUCUGAUCAAGAGGUGCAGCCUGGCAAGAGGCUUCGAAGAGUUGCCUGUUCCUGUCCUAAUUGUAGGGAAGGAGAAGGAAGAGGCAGUAAUGAACCAGGAAAAAAGAAACAACAUAUCUGUCAUAUUGAAGGAUGCGGAAAAGUUUAUGGCAAAACAUCUCACCUACGAGCACAUCUUCGCUGGCAUACUGGAGAAAGACCUUUUAUAUGUAACUGGAUGUUUUGUGGCAAAAGAUUUACAAGGAGUGAUGAGCUUCAGAGACAUAGAAGAACCCAUACAGGUGAAAAGAGAUUUGAAUGUCCGGAAUGUUCUAAAAGAUUUAUGCGGAGUGAUCAUCUCUCCAAACAUGUCAAAACGCACCAGAAUAAGAAAGGUGGUGGGACAGCUCUUGCCAUUGUUACCUCCGGAGAACUGGACUCAUCUGUAACAGAGGUGCUUGGCUCCCCAAGAAUUGUCACAGUUGCAGCCAUUUCUCAAGAUUCAAACCCAGCAACUCCCAAUGUUUCAACCAACAUGGAAGAAUUCUGAAAAGUUAUUUAUAACAGAGACCUCUAGUGCUGCACUUAAGUUUACACACAUUUGAAAAUCUGGAAAUGGGCUGGUCAGGUGAAUUACAAAGUAGGAAAUCAUGUUUUCAUUCUUGGCUUCUUUAAGUAUUCCAAGAUUUUGGGUCAGCACAUGAAGUGUUGAAUUUUUAAAAAUAUAAAAAGCAAACUGAUGUACUGGAAACAGAAAGUAUUUCCUUCAUAUUAUACGUUGUAGUUAUUUGGAGAUCUAUCAUGUAAUCUUUAAACUGAAUCUUCCCCUCUCUUAACAUCAUGUGUUAACAUGUUUAAAAAGACAGACCUCACUAGUUUGCAGGCUGGACCUUAAUUGGACUUGUUUUCUUUGAAAGUACUUUGUUAUAAAUUCAGUCAGUAAUAAUUUAUGUGGAUUAUUUUUUUUUUGCAGUAGCACAGAAAACAAAUAGUUAACUGUUGAUAGAGAUAAUACUUUAUUUCCUUAGCUUGAUUUUUGGAAAAUCAACUGAAAAUAGUUUUGGCCGUCUUUUCUAAAUAUUAGAAAUUCUUCAACAGUUGAAUUACGUAAGUUCCAAAAAAGUAAUCUGAGAGGCAUCUCAGAUCUUUAUUACCACUACAUUGUAGUAGUGCGUAUGCAGACAAUCAGUGAAGUCCAAGUACUUUCUCCAUUUGGAGACACAAGAGGAACUUAGAGCUAAACCAUAGGUUAAAUUUUAGAUUGAAACCUUAGGAAAAUACUGGGGGGAAAACAAAGCUCAUAAUAGCUUCAGCAAAAUAAAAUGAGGCAAUUUAAUAGGUAAGGUUUUGAAGUUAGGAUUGAUUAUAUUCCUAACCCUAGGUUGAACCACAAAGUUCAUUUUAAAUGUUUAUAUUGGAAAUAUUUGCAUAGAGUUUAAAUCGUUCUGUAGUUUCAUAUUCUGUAAAUAUGAGUUAUGUUGACAAUGUGCAAAAUUCUUUAUGCUUUGACUUGGUAGCCAAAGAAAGAAUUAUCACACUUUUUUUAAGGCCAGCAGAAAAUUAUGUUUUAACUACAUUACAAUUUCUGUUCUCCUCUUUACUAAAAAUUAGCAAAUCCCAUUUUAUUUCUAGCACUGUGUUAGAGGCUGAUUAAGAAUUUAUAACACAGUAAUGUCUUUAUGUUAUGCCAAUAACUGAAUUUUCCCUAAGAAGACAGCCUAACAAAUAUAUAACAGAUGUGAUACUAUGAAACAAAAAUUAUUUUUUAAAAAUCAGAAUAAUUUCAAUUAAGUGACUAAAGAAAAAAUGUAUUUCAUUGUUUAUACAAGGGUCUUAAUAGGAAAGAUGGCCAAAAGUUUCAUUUAAAAAAAAUUGGGAGUAUACCAGUAGCUUAAAUAUUAGUAAGAUAUUUCAUAGUUUAAAAAUAUAUUUACAGGGCUUCCCUGGUGGCGCAGUGGUUGAGAAUCCGCCUGCCGAUGCAGGGGACACGGGUUCGUGCCCCGGUCCGGGAGAAUCCCACAUGCCGCGGAGCGGCUGGGCUCGUGAGCCAUGGCCGCUGAGCCUGCGCGUCCGGAGCCUGUGCUCCGCAAUGGGAGAGGCCACAACAGUGAGAGGCCCACGUACAGCAAAAAAAAAAAAAAAAAAAAAAAAAAAUAUUUACAAAGAAUUAUAAUGGAAUUGGAAUUGACCAUUUGAAAACUAAAGUUUUUAACUGCUCGGUUUAUUAACACCAUUAGUUUGGGGACUGUUUGAAUAUAGGUGUAUGUUUUCUUGUGCAUUCCCUAUUAUUUCAGGAAAAGUACUAAUGCGAAUUCUCUUCCGAAAUUGUGAUGUUUCUUGUAUUUUUGAUGAAGGAGAAAUACUGUAAUGAUCACUGUUUACACUAUGUACACUUUAGGCCAGCCCUUUGUAGCGUUAUAUAAAACUGAAGGUCUUUUGUGCUUUCAGUUUGUAUAAAAAAGCUUUGAGAUUAAAGGAAAAAAAAAUUUUUACA